CUUCGUGGAGGUGGAGAGCAGGGACCCGCAGCAGCAGCAGUUCUGUGGAUCCACUGACAAGCCACAGACACACACAGAGCGGCUGUCAGUGGACUGGCAGUGUCCGCCAUGUGGAGGCUACAACAGAAUCCAGAUAAAUUAGAUUAUUGGAUUGGCUGCUGCAGAUUAUAGCUCUCCUGCUUCCUCAGUGCCUCUCAAGAAAUCCACGUAUUUUAAGCUGAGUUUUCUGGACAGCAGAGACUGGCAGCCAUGCUGACCAGCUUCUUGGAAGGUCUCCUCUGCUGCCUGACCUCAAAGUCGGCCAACAUCGUGGUUCCAGUAGAAACCUCAGAACCCGCCGAUGGCUACGAGUUUGUGGAGGUGAAACCAGGCCGCGUCCUGCGGGUUCGACACAUCAUCCCUGAGCGGCCGGUGGUGGAGGAACCCACCGGGCAGGGUGGCAGUGUCAGCUGCAAACGAAAGAUCACAGUGUAUCGCAAUGGACAACUUUUCAUUGAGAACUUGGGCGACACAGCGAGUGCAGAGCUGAAAAACGGCCAGAAUGGAAAGACAGAGCCUAACAGCCCAGUAGAGGUUGAACCUGCAGACUGUGUUAGGACCUCACCGCCCGUCAGCCUCCCUCACCCCCGGUCAGACGGCAUCACAGCUGGAAACAACGGGGCAUCUGAAGCAGGAGUAAGAGACGUGGCACCUGCUGCUGACCAGAACGACCAGUUACAGCAGCCGAGGAUGCGCAGGCGGAAACCCAAACGCACCGUGGUGAUCGACUGCGAGAGGAAGAUCUCAGCCUGCAAAGGGACACACCAGGACGUGGCCCUGUUCUUCAUCCACGGAGUGGGAGGCUCUCUGGACAUCUGGGGCAGCCAGCUGGAGUUCUUCUCUCGGCUGGGCUACGAGGUCAUCGCCCCGGACCUGGCGGGUCACGGAGCCAGCUCGGCCCCGCAGAUCGCUGCAGCGUACACGUUCUACGCCCUGGCUGAGGAUAUGAGACUCAUCUUCAAGAGAUACGCACGGAAGAGGAACAUUCUCAUCGGACAUUCCUACGGUGUGUCGUUCUGCACGUUCCUGGCUCACGAGUAUCCGGAGCAGAUCCACAAGAUGGUGAUGAUCAACGGCGGCGGUCCCACGGCUCUGGAGCCCAGCCUCUGCUCCAUCUUCAACCUGCCCACCUGCGUGCUUCACUGUCUGUCGCCGCUGUUCGCCUGGAGCUUUCUCAAGGCCGGCUUUGCUCGGCAGGGUGUCAAGGAGAAGCAGCUGCUGAAGGAGAACAAUGCCUUCAACGUGUCGUCCUUUGUGCUGCGCGCCAUGAUGAGCGGGCAGUACUGGCCCGAGGGGGACGAGGUCUACCACGCCGAGCUCACCGUGCCCAUCCUGCUGGUACACGGCAUGCACGACAAGUUUGUUCCCGUGGAGGAGGACCAGCGCAUGGCAGAGAUCCUCCUAAUGGCCUUCCUGAAGCUGCUGGAGGACGGCAGUCACAUGAUAAUGAUGGAGUGUCCCGAGGUCGUCAACACACUCCUGCAUGAGUUUUUCCUCUGGGAGCCCGCCACCCCUCCGCCGCCAAAGAAAGAGUCCAAAACCCGUCCGGACACUGCCAAAGCCAACUCCGACCACGCCAAGGCCUCGUCUGAGUCCGCCAAGGUCCGCCCGGCGACUGCCAGGCAAACCUCAUCCAACUGCGGCGCGGAGGAGAAGCCAGACAGCAGGGCCAAGAAAUGA